UAACCUUAAAUAGCUUUGACAAGGAGAUAAUCCUAAGCCUGACUGUGGAGGAGAAAGAGCUUGGAGAUCAUUGGGAGUUACACCUUGUUCGGCGUUAAACCUUUUAUACAACUGCUUAUCAUUUCCAGUCAUCUUACAAGAGUAGCUCUCUAUUCUAAAUACAUCAGGAAAAACAAGUGUAUGAAUAACUAACAAUUGAAAAAUGAAUCCUUUAAUUAUCAUUCUGCAUAAUAGUUAUGUACCUUCCAACAAUUUUACUGUCACCAGAAUCAAAACAUAACGCUGCGUUGAGAGCUUCAAAACGAGAACUUUCCAACAGUUUCAUUUUAUAAACUGCAAAAUAAUAUAUAUACUAUAAUAAAGUACUAAAAGGAUACAAUUUAAUAUUUGAUAUUAUACUUUACCUUUCUUCUGUUUUAAACAAUACCAAACCUUAACCAAGUUCUUCUUAUAGAGAUCAAAUUAAACACUAUAUGAACCACUUAACAAUCUAUGCUUAUAAGGGGCACUAAAGUUCCUAAACAUUAUCUUGGGAUGCAAAAAUAUUCCUUUUCGUCUUGAGUGUAGCAAAUUAACUCCUGGAUUGAUAUGAAGAAUUUUUUUUUCUGAAGGAAUGAUUGGGUACAUUACAAAUGAGAUGUAACUUUGGCGACUAAACAACACCCAGCAAUAGUUUUUUAUAGUCUUGAAUUAAAUAAUUUGUUUACAAACAACUGAUAGGGCUUCACUUAGUUGUGAACUAAAGAACUAACGUCAAACACUUCACUGGCAAAAACUAAUUAUCUUUUUCAGAUCGUUCACCACACAUUAACAUAAUGGGAUUAUUCACAGAGCACUAUAACUAAUUUCAAAUUACAAAACUCUAAGACAACUUUAUUUUGACAGCUAGGCACUAAUAAUUCAAUAUCAAGCCGCGGCUGGUUAUGCUACAGAGUUGCAACCUAGAUAUAUAAAAUAAUAAAUUUUGUUGACGUUAAGAUGUAAUAUAAAUGGAACAUUACUUUAUUUUGACUUAAAUUAUUUCGUUCUAAUGUGUUUUUAAGCUUUUAAAUCACUGCUUAUUGGUGUAGACUUAGAUUUAUAAAUGUAUAAUUUUGUUCUUAGGUUACAAACCUGCACAGCGCAUUUUGUAGCCUCGUCGCAGGGUCCCAAUCUGGUUUUAACAGUUAUGGCACCCUCCGAAAGAGUAGGUUAUAUCAAGAUGUCGGAAUGGCGCGUAAGGAGAAUUAAAUUUAAACUGUCUGAGAAUAAUAGUUUUUAAUUGUAUUACAAAGCCAGUGUUUAUUAAAAAAGUAAUUAAAAAUUUAGCCUUAUUUGUUUACGAAAAUCUAUUUUUAGAAAAAAUAGGCUCCUCCAAUCAGAAUUCAGUCGGCUUUAAAUAGACAGAGAGUGACGAAACUAAUGCAUACAUUCUAACAUGUUAUACAAAGUGAAACAAAAUGUUACCGCAAUUUAACUACACUUCAGUAUUAAACAGUGAUAAAUAAUUCGUAUCAAUAACUUUCUUUUUAACAAAUUACUUAAAUAGUGAAAAUGGACGAAAACCCACCCAUAUUAAUCGGCGAAAAUGUAUUCUGGUUAGGAAGUGGAAGUGGCCUUCCAAAAAAAGGAAAAGUAAAAUGGAUAGGAAAAUUACAAGAAAUCGGACCAGGUUGGACUAUUGGAGUGGAGCUGGACGAGCCUUUGCCAUAUGGUGGCAUUGACGGGAGUUGGGGAUCACGGAAGUUGUUUACCUGCAAACAGAAGCACGGGCUCAUUGUGCCCCUGGCCUGUGUGGUAUCGGAGCGUCAGAGGCCGCAGCUCAACCAACGGCACACAAUGAAUGAAACUAGCUCGGCUUUCGCUAGAGAGCGCGCCAACAAGCACGAGAAGAGCCGUUUCGACCAUUUAUCACCAAAGAAUUCGGCUAGAGAUGGAAAGUUGAAAAACUCGGAUAAUGCCCUGGUCCCCAUAAAACGACCGAAUGAAAAUCAGCCAGGUAGAAACCUCGAAACAUUUCGCCACGAAUAUCUAACACAGCCGAGAACAAUUCGAAACAGGUCCAGUGUCGAUUCGGUUCAAAUACAACAAGAAGGUAUAGUUUACUCCUGGAUGGUGGACCAUCAGGCUCAAAAUGAACGUCUCAUUUUUAGGAGAAUGGGAUUUCGUAGACGUGAACUGAACAGAAGUUUAGACGACGGUUUGGCUACAGAAUCCCCAAGGAAUUCAUUCACUUCUUCGAGAAGUUCCGGUUCUAAAAAAGAUCGAAGCAGCGGGAUAUUUUCCUUGUUUCAGUGGUUCAAGAAGCAAAAGAGCGAAGACAGUAGUGAUUUAGAAGUAUCUUCCGGUCUAAAUUCGCCAGAACUUCCCAGAUCUACAUCAAUAACAGGAAGUGUUGAUACAUUGUUUAGUACUGCCACUGCCAACAGUUUUGCGUUUGUGCAUCCCCUACAAUAUAGACCAUUCGGAUUAGCGAAUCAACCUGAAAUUAGAAUAGCUGUAGGACCCGAGACAAAUACAUAUAGAAAUCGAAUCAGGGAGAGAGAAAGGUUGAGAUAUGUAGAAAAAAAUAUUUCACUUCGUGAAAAAUAUAGAUUAUAUGCAAGUGGUACCCUACCUAGGAGUGCAGAUCAUAUUAACGAAUUGUCUGAUUACCAAAUAUUAGAUAUUAAGAAAUCAUUUGACCAACUGCCGGGUAGUAAAUAUUCUACUCUUGGAAGAAAAAAGAGAAAGGCUCCUCCUCCUCCUACUAUAAGUAACAGUUCAAACAGUGAAAAUAGCCUGCCUGCAGCUGUAAAUCAGCACUUUAGUGAAGGCAUCUUAAUAAAACAACAUAGAAGAGCUUCUAGUGAACCUGUAAAAUAUAUUAAGUUGUGUCAUGUAAAGGGAAAAAGGAGAGCACCCCAACCUCCUGCUCGUGACAACAGCACAGACACAGACAUUCUAUCCUUGAGUACAACAAACACUAAUAGUUCAAAAAGAAGUAAAAAGAAAAGAAGGGCUCCUUCUCCUCCAGUAAAAAAAUCUGAAUCGGAUGAUGAACAUAUACAUAUAGUCAAUAUCAUCCGUGAAGCUACUGACAACAUAUUGGGUGAUAAAAAUUCAAAUGAACAAAAAGAAGAUUUGCGAGAUGAAACAAUUUCAAAUGCUUCAACAUUAGACAUUGGUUCAUCAGAAGAUGUUAUGUGCACUGAUACACUGAAAUUAGAAAGAGGGAUAUUGAAACAAAAUAUGGAAAAACCAUUUUCAGAACCUAGAAUAUGCCCAUCAUCACCAGUAUCUCCACGUCCAUGGUAUAAAAGAACUACUGUCAAUAAAGAAAUGGGCUCAUCUAAGGAAAAGGAAAAGAAAAAUGAAAGAGACCGAAAAAAGGUUGAAGAAUGGAUGCUAGAAAGUGGUUUUCCUAGAAGAUCAUUAUUAAAUACUGAUAAUAAGUACAAUUUUUUUUCAAAAGCAGAUAGAUCAGAUGAGAAAAGAAAGUCUCAAAUAUCAAUACUUACAAACAUCAGUGAACUAGAUAGAGAAGCAGCUGAAAUCAUAAGAAGAGGAAAGGAAAAAGAAAAAUCUUUAAUGGAAAGUCAAAAUGCAAUGUACUUUAAUGAUAAUGGUAUUGUUAAUGAAAAUGAAAUAAUUACAAAUAGUGUAUCUGAAAAGGAAGAACCUCCAAGAAAAAAUUCAGCAAAAGAACUCAUAUCAUUGUUCAAUGCCAUUACAAAUGUCACUAAAGUUACAGUUAAUUCUUCUUUUUUUUCAAAAGAUACAAGUAAUUUGUUUUGUAAAGAUAGAGAGAAGAGAUCAGAAGUUUUAAAUAGCAGUAUUGUUAUUGAAAAGGAACAAAGCUGUUCAUCGAGCAGUUCUACCAGAGAUAAUGCUGCAAAUGAUGUCUUCGUUACCAAGGUAAUGAGCAAAAAUAAUGUUAGUUUGCAAGAAAACGAAAAACCUGGAACAUCAUUUCCUAUAUCUAAUUCCAGCAGUGAAGGAAAAAUAGCAAGAGUUACAAUCGAUGAACUUGAUGAAUUUGAUGCUGAAAGGAAUUCUAAAUCUCAAGUUUUAUAUGAAGCCAAUCGACAAAAUAGGCAUCUCUCCCCACCAAUUCCAACAAUAACAGAAGUUUCAGAAGGUUCCGCAAAAUCAAGUCCUACUUCAACGAUAGGCAGUAGUAAUACUAAUAGUAAUAAUAGUGAAUCAGCUCCUCAGCCUUCACCUGAACCUGCUCAUAUGAAACAUAUGCAGGUUUGGGUAUGUCCAAGGUGUACAUUAGAAAAUCUUAGAUGGAGAAUUACCUGUGAAGCCUGUGAUAUGUGGAGGCCAAAUCCCUUUGAACUAAGAGAGAGGUCAAAACAAAACAAAAUACUAAACAAUAUCACAGAAAAUAAGGAUAAGUGUGAAACCGUGAUAAAAACAGCACCAAGUCAUUUAUAUCCUAAUUUAGCCAAAAUUACAACUGGAAAUAAAGAAGAAAACAUCUCAAAUAUACCUUUUAAGGGACCUACAAACAAUCCAAUUAUUAAUAAAAAAGAAAUGCAAGAUAUUAAUUUUUCUACAAAUACUGACAAAGAAAAGGGUUUAGAACAAAAGAAUAAGCAAGAAGUUGAAGUUGGAAGUAAUGGAUUAGAAAAUAAUCAAAGUAAAAUAAACAUAGAAGCAAAAGACCAGGAACAACAGCAAGCAGAAGAAAUUCGAAAAGCACGAUUAGCAUUUUUUACCAAAGCAAAUUCAGAAGGGAAACCAAGUUUGGAAAAAUAUAUUUCAAAUGAAAAAAAUGAUAAAAUUCCAAUCGCAAAGUUAGACCCAACUUCUGCAGCCAAAUCAGACAUAAUUUCCACUGUUAAAUUAGACUUAACCCCUGUUGUUAAAACUGAAAAUAUUCCUGCAGUAAAAUCAAAUAAACUUCCAUUGGUAAAAGCUGAGACUGUUAUAGAUAUGAAAUCAAAUACUCCCUCUAUGGGAAAAACAGAUACUAAUCCCGUCAUGACAAAGGAUAUAAUUUCUAUUUCAAAAGAUAUAAAUAAAUCACCAGUAGUGAUUACUAAUGAUGAUGAAGAAAAAAGAAAAUUAAAAGAAAUGUUAAUUGAAAUGAAGCACUCUCUGCCCAAAAGGCCAAAACCAAUUAAGAAAACGGCUGAAGCAAAUAUAUCUGAAAACAAUAUUGAUAAGACAAGUAAUUACUUAAAUCCAAUGCCAGUUACCAAAACCUCUGCAUCUACUAGUAUAUAUUCUAACAUUAUUCCAAACACCAUUAAAUCACAUGAAAAUGAAGCUGAAGCAUAUUUAGUUGAAAGUGAGUCCAUCAUUGAAGAAAUCAAGAUUAAAAAACCUUCUGAGAAAGUUUCAUCCUCUGUGCAGACUAGUGGAUUAGUUAAACAGAUAUGUCCAAAACAAAAAAUGUCUUCUACCAAAGAAGUGCUAAUACCUAUCAAAGUUGAAGAACAUUUAAUAAAAGAUGGAAUACUCUACACAUCUGUUUCUAAAGACAAUAGGCGUAUUGGUACAGGCACCUUUGAACUUUUAAGGCCAAGGGAUUUUGCAAACAUUGAGGCUAUUAAAACUGAAUCAAAAUCAGCUGCAGUUCAUCUUUAUGCAAAUAUUGCCGAUAAUGAAGAUGGUGAUAAAAAUCUUAAAACUGAAGAAGCACAUCUCAAUUCAUCGGCAUACAUUGAUAAAUUGUCAAAACAACUUACUAAACCACAAGGAGUUGCACACUUCAAAGCUCGACUGGAUAUGAGCAAUGAUACGAAUCUAAACACAUUAGCUAUAAACCGAUUAUUAAAAAGGCUUGAGGUAGCUAUUGCUAGUGGUAACCAUGAGCUUGCUGCUACUCUGGCUAGAGAACUUGCACAACUUAAAGUAAACUGUUCGGUUAUAAGACAGAAACCUGAAACUUCUGGAAAUGAAAUUCUAGUUGAGAUGUAUGUGGAGGAUAAAGUUUCACAUCAAGGACCAUUUCACUUGAAAAUAUCUCCAUCAUUAACAGUAAAAGAACUGAAAGAUAAAAUUGAAAGAGAGUAUGAAAUCCCGGCAAACGUCCAAAGAUGGAUACUGGGCAAACAACUAGCUGCUGAUGAUGGCAUAACUUUGGAUAACAUGGGAAUAAAUAAAGAUGGAUGUCCAAUUUUUCUAUAUUUAGUAGCUCCACCAGAAAUCACUCAAUUAAAAAAAACAACUGAUAGUGGCAUUUUGUUAACGAAAUUGAAACUUCCCAAUACAAAUACAGUAAUCAACAUAGAUAUCAGUGAAAAGGAUCUGCAAGAAGCUGGACCAUCAGGAAUUAAUACAAAAACUAUGGUUGAAAAAAUGGAAAUUAUUCCAAAACCUAUUGAAGAUGUACCUUUAGUCAGUGAAGGGCAAUCUGUUUCCAACCCUAUUGGAACAUUGGCACUUGGUUGGAAAUGUGAAAUUUGCACUUUAAUGAACAGUCCCACAAGGCCUGGUUGUGCUGCAUGUACAACAGAACGUCCAAAAGAUUAUAAAGUGCCAGUAGAAUACAAAUUAAGUGAGGCAGAAAUUUCAAGAAUCGAUAAUGAAAAAAUAACUGAAGAGAAGUCAACAAAGGCUGAGGAAGAGGAAAAAGCAAAGAACUAUCAAAAACUUGUUGAUUUGGAAAAGGAUGAUUUAAUAAUAUACCCUGAAGCAUUUGAAUGCCCUGUAUGCUUAACUGAUUAUUCUCCAAUGGAAGGAAUUGUAUUGAGAGAAUGCCUUCAUGUAUUUUGCAGAAAUUGUGUCAGUAAUACUAUUCAGUUUAGUGAGGAAGCUGAAGUCAAAUGUCCAUUCAGAGACAAUAACUACACUUGUGAUAGUAGUUUGCUUCAACGUGAAAUAAAAGCUUUAGUACCUCCUGAAAUAUAUGAAGAACACCUUGCUAAGUCCAUUGCACUUGCUGAAACUAAGAUAGGAAAUGCAUUUCAUUGUAAAACACCAGAUUGUAAAGGUUGGUGCAUUUAUGAAGAUAAUGUAAAUACCUUCCAUUGCCCUGUCUGCACUCAUAUAAACUGUUUGACAUGUCAGGCAAUCCAUGAAGGACUUAACUGUAAACAGUUUCAAGAACAGUUAAAUACUAAUUCUGAUAUGAACAUCGAAGCAAAAAGAACGAAAGAAAUGCUUCAGGAGAUGGUUGACCGAGGUGAAGCAAUGAACUGCCCAACUUGCCAAGUAAUUUUAAUGAAAAAAUGGGGUUGUGAUUGGCUGAGGUGUUCAAUGUGUAAGACUGAAAUAUGUUGGGUAACAAGAGGUCCCCGAUGGGGUCCGAAUGGUAAAGGUGACACCAGUGGAGGAUGCCAGUGUGGUGUUAAUGGAGUAAAAUGCCACCCUAAGUGUACUUACUGCCACUAGUCUAUAAAAAUCAUGACUAACUAGUUUUAAUCUAAUGUAAUAUAAAAUGUAUUCUAAUAAUUUUUAUAAAUAAUAAAUUAUAUCAAUUUAUGAAGUAUUAAUUACUCUUAAUAUUUAUUACAUUUUUCACUUCCUUCUCAA